UAGACUGCUUCCUACUCAGCUAGGGGUUGAGCUCCCAACUGAAGUUUAUUUCCCCAAAACCACCGUCUCCCUCCGAAAAACCCUCCUCUCCUGUUCGAGCACGAAAACUCCUCAAACCCCCUCCAAAAAUGGCGGCCUCUCUCCUCCCCGCCGCCACCUCCGCCGCCGCCGUCGCCAAGGGCUUCACCCCAGAGACCCUCCGCUCCGCGGCGAAGCAAUCCCAGGGCAUCCACCUCGUCCCCCUCUCCCUCCGCCGCGCCAUUAAGAAGUUCCUCCGAGAGAGGGAGAAGGCCCACAUGAACCGCAAGGUCCUCCUCCUCUCCGAGUCCUUCAACAGGAUCAAGGACGCAAACCAACACCUCGCCGCCUCCGCCUCGCGCGACCUCGUCGAGGACCCCCACCGCCCCGUCGACCACCGCUCGGCACGGUGGAAGAUACGGUCGGCGUACGGCGACAUCGGCCUCAAGUACCGGGAGGACGAGACCAUCGCCUACAUCGCAUCGCGCAUGCCCGCCGUCUACUCCGCGUGCCACCGCGUCCUCCGAGAGGUUCGUCGGAGGUUGCCGGAUUUCUCCCCUGCGAAGGUCUUGGAUUUUGGCUCAGGGCCCAGUUCGGCACUUUGGGCAAUGCGGGAGGUGUGGCCUCGUUCUCUGGAGAGAGUUAAUUUAGUGGAACCUUCCAAGGCAAUGCAGAGGGCUGGCCAGAGCCUUUUGCAAGAUUUGAAGGACCUGCCACUUAUUCACAGCUAUGACAGCAUCCAAGAAUUGAAUCGCAAUCUUGAUAAACGCGACCGGCAGCAUGAUCUCGUAAUUUCUUCGUAUGCUCUUGGGGAGAUUCCAUCAUUGAGUGACCGUAUUACUAUAGUAAGACAGCUUUGGGACCUUACACGAGAUGUUCUGGUCUUGUUGGAGCCUGGAACUCCUCAAGGAUCCAAAAUCAUAUGCCAAAUGCGUUCUUAUCUUCUGUGGAUGGAAAAGAGGAGAUCCCGAAAAAUUGAAAAAAGUUUGAAAAAUGUUUCCGGUGAUACAACGAGUAUUGCUGUUGACGAUGCCUCAUUAAGAACUGGUGCUUUUGUUGUUGCCCCUUGUCCCCAUGAUGGACGGUGCCCAUUGGAGAACACAAGUAAAUAUUGCCAUUUUGUUCAGCGCUUGGAGAGGACAUCAUCACAGAGAGCCUACAAGCGGUCAAAGGGUGAGCCGCUUCGUGGUUUUGAGGAUGAGAAGUUUUGCUAUGUUGCUUUGAGAAGGGGGAGGCGACCACAGGAAGCUUGGCCGCUUGAUGGUAUGGAAUUUGAAACACUCAAAGAACGGCAAGCGAAGCGAAAUCCCGAGGAUCUUAUUAUUGACUAUGAGGACCAAUUCGAAACUGAGGAGGAAGAAGAGCCCUCAUUCGAAGAUGAUUUGGUUCCUUAUGCUUCUGAUGUGGCGGAGACCAGCUUAUUCCAUAAGAAUGAAGAGGAGGAAGACAAAGUAGAGGAGGUGCGCGCGGGUGUAGGAAGCGGUUGGGGUCGGAUUAUAUACACGCCUGUACGGAGGGGAAGGCAAAUACAGAUGGAUAUUUGUAGAGCCACCAAACGUGAUGGCUCCGAGGGUACAUUUGAGCGCAUGGUCGUCACUCAGAGUAGGAACCCUACCUUACACCUCCAGGCUCGUCGAUCUCUCUGGGGUGAUCUUUGGCCAUUUUAAGUUCUUUGUUUUCUUUUUCUUUGGAUAUCUCUUAUUCGUUCCUGUAUUUGCUAGUUUACGGCGGCAAAGAAUCACACAUCUUGAUCAGCCACAACAGCAGAUUGUUGUCACUUAUUGUAUUUAUUGUAUUAUUGGAUUUAUUAAAGUUUAACGAGGAGGAAAUUAAAGAUUAAAAGAAGCUUUUGAUAAA